UUAUAAGAAUUGGCUCAUGCGAUUACGGAGGCUGAGAAGUCUCAAGAUCUGCUGCCUCCAAGCUGGAGACACAGGAAAGCCAAAGUUCCAGUCCAAGCCAAAGUUCUGAGAAGCAGGAGUGCCACUGCUAGUUAAACAGAAGCUCCUGUUCUGCAUAAAAAGAGGGAAGCUGUGCUCAGAGUGAGCUCUUGUUCGGUGCCUUAAUUUAGGGGACUGCAAACUCUCUGCCUAGAUUAUCUUCAGAGGUCAUUCCAGAGCCCUCCUGGUGAAGGUUCCUACUUGCCUGCUCUCUGCCCUCCUCUUCCCAGCAUCUGUGGUUGCAUUUGAUGGGCAGGCAGAGACCCAGCCCUGACUAAAUGAGGACAUUGUUGCAAAGACUGAGGAACCACAGACAUUGUUGCAAUCUGCCCUGCCCGAGGAAACUUGGAGACCUGUAGCUGGCCCUCAGCCCCUCUGCUGUGUGUUUGGGGAGACAACCUAGGUUUCUGGGCCUCCCAGAGUGAUGGGAAAACCAUUAGGAUGUGCCAGAUGUGCUGCUUUUCUGCAGUUGAGAUUAGAGUUCUUUCAAAACCAAAGGGCCCGGGAUUUUGGAUUUUUCUCAGAAGUGGCGGCUAAAUUGGUGCCCCAGGUGCAGGAAGCCCCUCCCGCUUCGCGCUCGGAGUACCGGAGCAGCUGCCGCCAAGUCCGGAUCCGACACUGUGCGCCUCCCACGCCCGCCCGAAGUGCACUCCCGAUUCCUUUUGGUUCUAAAUCCACUAUGGCAACUCUCAAGGAUCAGCUGAUUCACAAUCUUCUUAAGGAAGAGCAUGUUCCCCACAAUAAGAUUACAGUUGUUGGGGUUGGUGCUGUUGGCAUGGCUUGUGCCAUCAGUAUCUUAAUGAAGGAAUUGGCGGAUGAAAUUGCUCUCGUUGAUGUCAUGGAAGACAAACUGAAGGGAGAGAUGAUGGAUCUGCAACAUGGCAGCCUUUUCCUUAGGACCCCAAAAAUUGUCUCUGGCAAAGACUAUAACGUGACUGCAAACUCUAGGCUGGUUGUUAUCACAGCUGGUGCACGUCAGCAAGAGGGAGAAAGCCGUCUUAAUUUGGUCCAGCGUAAUGUGAACAUCUUUAAAUUCAUCAUUCCUAAUAUUGUAAAAUACAGCCCAAACUGCAAGUUGCUUGUUGUUUCCAAUCCAGUGGAUAUCUUGACCUAUGUGGCUUGGAAGAUAAGUGGCUUUCCCAAAAACCGUGUUAUUGGAAGUGGUUGCAAUUUGGAUUCAGCCCGGUUCCGUUACCUAAUGGGGGAAAGGCUGGGAGUUCACCCCCUAAGCUGUCAUGGGUGGAUCCUUGGGGAGCAUGGAGACUCUAGUGUGCCUGUGUGGAGCGGAGUAAAUGUUGCUGGUGUCUCCCUGAAGAAUCUGCACCCUGAAUUAGGCACUGAUGCAGAUAAGGAACACUGGAAAGCGGUUCACAAACAGGUGGUGGACAGUGCUUAUGAGGUGAUCAAACUGAAAGGCUACACGUCCUGGGCCAUUGGACUAUCUGUGGCAGAUCUGGCAGAAAGUAUAAUGAAGAAUCUUAGGCGGGUGCAUCCGAUUUCCACCAUGAUUAAGGGUCUCUAUGGGAUAAAAGAGGAUGUCUUCCUUAGUGUUCCUUGCAUCUUGGGACAGAAUGGAAUCUCAGAUGUUGUGAAAGUGACUCUGACUCCUGAGGAAGAGGCUCAUUUGAAGAAGAGUGCAGAUACACUUUGGGGGAUCCAGAAAGAGCUGCAAUUUUAAAGUCUCUCAUAACAUAUCACUUUCACUGUCUAGGCUACAACAAGAUUUUAGUUGGAGGUUGUGCAUAUUGUUCUUUUUAUCUGAUCUGUGACUAAAGCAGUAAUGUUAAGACAGCCUAGGAAAAACAGCCAUUUCCUAAAGUUAGGAGUGGUUCAUAAACCCCCACAGCUGUAUCCUGAUGUUGGAUGGUACUUAUCUUGUGUAGUCCUAAAUUGGUUCUUGUAAAAUAGUUCUACUUUCUCAAGAGGCACCCGGGCCAGUGUUGCAGAUGCUGCAGUUGCCUUUCAAGCCAGAUAUAUGUUUACUCUGUGUUAUAUAAUAUCUGGUUCCUUUAGCUAAGAUGCCCAGUCUAACUCUUUUAUCUCCAAUUAAUCACAUCCUGGGAUCCAAUGUACAAAUCCAGUAUUGCAUGUCUUGUGAUAACUAUUCUAAAGAAUCUUAUUUUAUGUACUGUAUGUAUCAGAAUAGUGUACAAUGCCAUGUAAUGUAAGAAGAAAAAUCAAAAUCUAUAUAAAUAAUGCAGCCAACUAUCCAGCUGUUAUACCAACUAAAACAACAAAUAAACCUUGAACAGUGAC